AUGAGGCGAACGGAGGCAGAAAAAAAGGACAUGAGGCGAACGGAGCAGGAAAAAGGGAUGGGAGGAAAAAGAGCGAAGAAAGGAGAAACCAACGCAGACGCAGGCGGAUCAAACCUGCAUCUGCACUUAGAUACGAGGCCGAUUGAGGCGAUUACGCCCCAGAACGAUGUGGGGAAGGCUACUCAGAAGCUGGAUACACAAGUUGGAAAAUGCAAGGCUGGCGUUGCAUGGAUCGACUUACUGAAGAUGGCCAAGCGUUUAAAGUUCGGCGUUUAUAACGACCGAGCAGAGAACGAGGUCGAACGGAACAAGCUGAUAGUGUCGUUCCAGCAAUCUGGGAUUGUGUCUAUGAAAGAGACAUCAGCGAUUCCGAUAAUCAUUGACAUGAAGCGUUUGAAAACAGGACUUACGCUCUCCGCAGAUUUCAGUGAGCCAGACACGGUGCGAGAACUGGAGAUCUUAGACCAAGACAAGAUCAUCGUUGCGUCAGGCCAGCAUCGUCUGGCGGCGUUAAAGAAGUAUCACCAUAUGUUAAAGGACGAGUACGCGUCGCUGGAGAAGAAGCGCGACAAGAUCUCUGGGCUGACGAACGUAUCAGUUGAGCACGUUACCCAAUGGGACGACUUACGCGAGCAGAUGGGCGUGCUCCUUGGGAAGAUGGAGAAUAUUGGGAAGUGGGGCGUCGUGGUCUACAAUCAAUCUCUGCUAUUAGCAAAAGGAGAUACACUCGCAGCGCACCUUAGUCGCAACAAUUCGUUGCAUGAAUAUAAAGAGACGGAGGAGGAGGUCCUCAUCACGAUCUUCAAGAAGGUGUUAGGACGAUACAAGGACAAGGUGGACGAUGGGAGUCCAGAGGAAAAGGCGUUAGAAUGUCUUACCGAGUUGAGGAAAGAGCAGGAGAAGAACACCCGUUUGCAAAGGGUGCUUUCGAACGAUCCGCUCUGCCUGCUUCUUUCGACGGAGCUUCUGCCGUUGGGCCCCCACUUCCGUCACCGUCGGGAGUACUCUGUGACUUGGCUGUCGAAGUCGCUUGAUGUGUGCGUUGGGCUGUAUGUUGCGUGGAUACACACGCAAUGCUCACUUCUGAGGAAGCUGACGUCGGAGGAACCGUUCCCCGACUUCAAGACGAUUGAAGAACUCCUGGACGAUGUCGAACAUAACGUCGCAGGAGCUGCUGCAAAGGUAAAGGAAUUGCGUGAGCAGAUCGCUGGGUACACACCAGAACAAGAGGGCGACAUUACCAUCUGGGCCGAAUGGAUCGGGACGUUCGACAUUGCUGCGAGACAGGCGUUCCGCGACUUGUCGAAAGGGGUCGGGGUCAUGACGUCCGAGUACAUCGUGUCCUUGAGCACGUACAGGGAGACGUUGAUAGGUCACCUGCGAAGGAAGUGGCGUGUGGGAUCCACGAGUCGAGGCAGCGAGAACAAGAUUGUCAAGCACCUCGACAUGAUCGUGGCCCGCCUGCUGUUAGUAUUAACGCCAGACGCUAGUGCGAACCACGCACCUGAACCGCUCCUUGGAGGGAUGAUGUUGGACUACGCGUGGACGUACUUGACCACGGUGAAGACUGGGAUAGCGGAGAUCUGCCGUUGGUUCGAGGCGUUGCUGGAUUCGUGGAAGGUCCUGCACGUCAAGACACACACCAUGGACGACUGGUCCACGGUGAUGUUGAACAACGUCAAGAACGACGCGCGUUUCGAGGGAGUGGACUUGCGUUACGAGAUCACUAACAUCAUUUGGACGUACCGGACGUCGUUAGUGAUGCGUCUCAACAACACGAUGACGAGAUUAAAUCGCCAGAUGCAACCUCGGCCGAAGGAUCGAAAAGAGUUCGAUGCGCUGUACGAUGCGCUGCCUGCCAUCGACAAGAUCACGAGCUCGGGGCUUACAGAUUUGAUCGGAGAGAGGCGGAAAGGUCCUGCCCCGAGGACGAGGAGCAUGUCGACCGAGCCUCAAAGACUGCCGGGCAUGAUGGCCCUUCACGUUACCUCGUGGGAUUGGCAGCAUCCCUCGCUGAAAAACAGCGUGAGGGACAUCGCGCCAGUGGUCCACGCGAUCACGUUAGAGCGUCUCUACUCUGAGAGAUAUCGCCCUGAGUUGUUGAGAGAUGGUACCAUCGCUGCGCUGAGGAGGAUGUUAGAGAUGUGUCUGGCUGACAAGGCGAUAAAGCAGCAGACCUGGGUAAACAUGAAACUCAUCACUGAGAAGCGAUGGAAAUGGUGGGACGGCAUCAUCCUCGACGAAAGCCAAGAAGACCCGACGAAAGUCACUAGAGGGAUCCACGAGUCCUUCGCGAAAAACGCUGAGCAAACACAGGCGAAGCUUGCCUUGGAGACGAUGGACAGGGAGGCGAUUACAAAAGCCGUCUCCUAUAUCUCGAACAUGGCGUGUGCGAAAGCAGGAGAAAGCUCGCACAGCAAGUUGUCGGCUGAUGUAGCGAGGCCAUUAGCCUUGCUAGUUGCGGGCCUUGAAUUGAACAGUGCAAGACUUCGCCUGCGUCAUCUCGCUCGUAACAACGAGGCGUUCUUCAAUUCCGACGGCGAUGUUGAAGAUCUCAAAAUAGAGCUCGUCGAGGGAGUCGAGGAUGACAAUACCUUGGGCUUCUCUGCUGAGUCGGCCCCACCUGACAACCCAGACCAGGCAAUGACAAUUGCCCCGUCCAAGAUCUUGGUCAAGGGAACUGCAAAGGGUAAAGCAAAGGGCAAGGGAAAACAGAAGGCCGUCGCGCCUUCAUCUGACGAUGACCCCAUCAGCCCCCCCUACGAGCCCUCGCUGCCCGAGUCUGACAACAUCGUCACGUCCCCUGAGCCACCUACCAAGCAGCCUACCAAGCAGCCUAAACAUAGGUCCGGUCAGUUAUACCCCCAUAACUUGCGCGACUACGCGACUGCGCGACAAUUUUAUAGGGGGGCAUGCACGACAAUUAUGUCUGACCAUGCGCGACUGCGCGACAAUUAUGUCUGA